AUGGUUUCUCCCUCUGUCCUUCGACCGGUCUCCAAGACCCUCACAACCGCUAGGGCACUCAAGACCGUCAAUGCCGUUCGUUCUUCUCAACCACGUCCGAUUACCAACUCGCUUGCCCAGCUAUCUCAAGUUGCUAUCAAUUCAACCCCUCAAGCUCGAGUGAUGCGCUCAGUCUCUCAGCUCAGAUCAGCCAGCUCGGCCGGUGGUGAAAUUCAGAUGACAGUCAGAGACGCACUAAAUACCGCGAUGGAGGAAGAGAUGAACCUGGACGAAAAAGUAUUUAUCAUGGGUGAAGAAGUGGCUCAGUAUAACGGUGCUUACAAGAUUACCAAAGGUUUACUCGACAAGUUCGGAGAAAAACGGGUGAUUGAUACACCGAUCACAGAAGCUGGAUUCGCUGGUAUCGCCGUUGGAGCUGCCUUGGCUGGUUUGCGUCCGAUUUGUGAAUUCAUGACAUUCAACUUUGCCAUGCAGGCUAUAGAUCAAAUUGUCAACUCCGGUGGCAAGACGUUUUACAUGUCUGGUGGUAGUACCCCUUGCCCAGUCGUUUUCAGGGGUCCAAACGGUGCUGCUGCAGGUGUAGCUGCUCAGCACUCUCAAGACUACUGCUCAUGGUAUGGUCAGGUCCCUGGCUUGAAAGUCGUCUCCCCUUGGUCAUCCGAAGACUGCAAAGGACUGCUCAAGGCUGCUGUCCGGGAUCCCAACCCAGUGAUCGUGUUAGAGAACGAAAUCAUGUACGGCCAAGCCUUCCCGAUGUCUGUCGAGGCUCAGUCCAAAGAUUUCCUGUUACCAAUCGGGAAAGCCAAGGUCGAGCGAGUUGGUAAAGAUGUUACCGUUGUAGCUCACUCUCGCAUGGUUGGGUUGAGCAUCGAAGCCGCCGAAGCACUGGAGAAGGCGGAGGGUGUGAGUGUCGAAGUUGUUAACCUUCGAAGUAUUCGUCCUUUGGAUAUCGAAACAAUCAUUGAAAGUAUCAAGAAAACCGGCCGACUGGUUGUUGUUGAGGGAGGGUUCCCCAUGUUUGGUGUUGGAUCGGAAGUAGUUGCCCAGAUUUGUGAAUCAGAGGCAUUUGAUUAUCUUGAUGCCGCCCCUGAGCGUGUGACCGGUGCCGAUAUACCUACCCCCUACGCGUUGAACCUCGAGAACCUCGCCUUCCCAGACGUCCCUGUGAUUGAAAAGGUCAUUCGACGUUCGUUAUACAAGUUUUAA